AUGACUAAUAUCUUAAACAUUGGAGGUGAACCGAUUUUUGACGACAGCGUCGUCAAGAUUGAGACACCCACACGAAUACCCAUACAACAGCAGGAUUUAUACACGUUGCUGUGCGAGAGCUUUCUCUACGUUGAAGGACGAUUGGUAAUAAAGAGAAGAAAUGACGAGUCUGUGACAACGCUUGCGAAUAAUUGCGUGGCGUUCAUGUUUGAUGAAAUUCGAUACGAGCUCAACGGUGUGGAGAUUGAUCGCAACAGAAACGUUGGCAUAACCAGUACCAUCAAGAACUACGUAUCGCUAUCGUAUAACGAUUCUCAACUCAUGCGGAAUGCUGGCUGGGACGUUACAUCGAGCAUACUGGAAGGAUACUUCAACUUUUGCGUACCGUUCAAGUUGUUGCUGGGCUAUUGCGAGGAUUACAAACGCGUGUGGCGAAUGUCUCACGUUACGUUAAACGAGGUCAAUAAGCUAUCUAUGCUACGGGCCUUGGAAAGCGGGCGAUAUCUUAGUGUCAGUUUCCGUUCGUGGGAUCUGUAUGAGUAUCCCAUGUUGCAGAGCACGACCAAGCAUUCGUGGGCCAUCAAAACGGCAACUCAGCUGGAGAAGCCGCGGUACGUUAUCUUUGCGCUGCAGACCGGCCGCAAGAAUAUCAUGUCUCAAAAUGUUAGCGUAUUCGAUGCCUGUAAUUUGACCAACGUGAAACUUUAUCUAAACUCCGAAUUUUAUCCGUACGAUGACAUGAAUCUGGAUUUUGCUUGUAUACAUUCCUGA